GCAGCUUUCUGAAGGAUAUGCUGGCAUAGCAAAUCCUAUGUUCGAUUUCUACAUCAAGACUGAGACUGGGAGAAGUGACUGCUAAGGUACCACAGGUUGAAAAGCUGACCAUCCAUUUGAUACUCAACCCCAAUUCCAGGAAGAAGGUGGUCACAGAUGAGAAUCAAAAUCACAGCAAGAUAGGUGGAAAAAGUGUUGGGAUGAUGAAACAGCCCUGCUUGACACCAGUAUGGAUGAUGCUGAGGAUGCCCCAGGCCAGGUCCAAAGUGUUUCAGGGGAAGAAGAGAAGGAAGAGGCCUUGUGGGAGAAGAUUGAGAGUGUGCGGCACCAGCUGACCCGCUCCCUGAACCCAGCCAAACUGACCCCAUACCUGCGCCAGUGCCGUGUAAUAGAUGAGCAGGAUGAAGAAGAGGUGCUGAGCUCAUGCAGGUUCCCAUGCAAGAGCAACCGUACAGGACACCUGAUAGACAUCCUUCGAAGCCGUGGAAAACGAGGCUAUGAAGCCUUCCUGGAGUCCCUGGAGUUUUAUUACCCAGAGCAGUUCAUCCGGCUGACGGGGAGGGAGCCAGCCCAGCGCUGCUCUAUGAUCCUGGAUGAGGAGGGUCCUGAGGGUUUGACCCAGUUCCUGAUGAUGGAAGUGAAGAAGGUGAGGGCUCAGCGGCAAGAGCAUCUGUUGAGAGAGCACCAGUUACAGGUGAAGAACCAGGCCCUGGAGCAGGAGCAAGCUCGGCUGGAGCAGCGGCUGCAGGAGCUGCUGAAGGUGCAGGAGCGAUACCAGAGGCUGCGGGAGGAGUGGGACUCCAACAGCAUGGAGCUGCUGCGGCUGAAGGAUGAGAACUACAUGCUAGCCAUGCGCUAUGCACAGCUGUGUGAGGAGAAGAACAUGGCCGUCCUGCGGAGCCGGGACCUGCAGCUGGUGGUAGACCAGCUGAAAUGUAAGGUCACCAGUCUGGAGGAGGAAUGCACCCUGCUGAGGAAACACAUGUCCACCGUGCCCCAGCGGGAGGCAGAGGAGCGGAGCCACUCCGACGUGGUGUCUGAUCUGUGGGCUGAGAACCAAAGGCUAACAGUUUCACUCCAGGAGCUGCAGGGCAGGUUGCAGGCAACUGGUGAGACCCAGGUGCCAGGAUCUGAGCAGAUCCUCCUGGACAUUUUGGAGCAUGACUGGAAGGAAGCCCAAGAUGAUCGGCAGGAGCUAUGCCAGAAGCUCCACUCUGUGCAGAACGAACUGCAGUGGGCAGAGGAGCUAAGGGAUAAGUACCUGCAGGAGAUGGAAGACCUUCAGCUGAAGUAUCGGACUCUGCAGAAGGAUUGUGACCUGUACAAACACCGGAUGAACACAGUGUUGUCUCAGCUGGAGGAAAUAGAGAAGGAGAGGGAUCAGGCUAUCCAGAGCCGAGAUGGGGUCCAGCUGCAGUACUCUCAGAGCCUGGUUGAGAAGGACCAGUAUCGCAAACGGGUCCGGACUUUGGAGGAAGAGAGAGACAAGCUGUUGAGUAAGCUGAGCAAGUUAGAGGGCUUGAACAGCUCUCUGGAGGCUCAGGUGCAGCGAUACCAAGGCACUCGGGACAUGGGAAAGAAGAUGUUCACCUCCUCCCACUCCCUCUGCUCCAACUUAAGCAGCAGCUGGAGCCUGAGCGAUAAUCCCUCUCCCCUGGUGGCUGGACUCACGGACCCACUGGGAGUCUCUGCCAUCACCUUCCUGGGAGAUCCCACAAGUCAGAGCAUGGAGGUGACUCCAGAAAGUGAGAAGGAGAUUAACCGCCUUUCCACCUUCCCCUUCCCUCCCUGUGUGGGCUCCAUCCUCCGACGGCAGCGUGAGGACAGUUGUGUGCCCAUAAAAAGUCUGUCCUGCGGGUCCUUUGGCAGCAUGGAAUACUUGACAGGGAGUGGUACCACAUCUGCCUCAAUGGCUGGCCUCUCCUCCUCUUCCAGCAGCUCGAAUGCCAGGGUGCAGUCAGAGCUCUGCUUGUCCAGCCUCUCUGACCGGAUGGAGCCCACCCGGAGGUCCCUGGUGGUACAGCUCUGUAGCUUGGGUCACCUGCGCAGUCCAGUGCCUCAGAACAGGGGCCUCGGAGGAGACAUCUCCAUCCUGGGGGGGAACAAAACAGGGAUUUAUGUCCAGUGGGUGAAGCCAGGCUCAAAGGCUGAGAGUGCAGGACUCAGAGAAGGUUGUCAGCUUCUGGAGCUGAGGGGGACAUCACUGGGGGAAGAGGUGCUAUCCCUGGAGAACUGCACACGGGAGGUGGCUUACCUGAGCCUGCUGCACUGGGAUGACCUAGCUGGUCUCAUCUUCCAGCCAGAUAUGCAAGGGUACCAGCCUCUUAGGGAGGCGCUACAAGAAGGGAAGAAAAUUCCUGGAGACUCAUUCUAUGUGCGUGCCAACCUGCCCCUCCCAGAACAGUCCGACCCCUGCGCUUUGUGUGUUAAGUGUCGGGAGAUCCUGCACGUCACAGACACCAUGCACAAGGGGCGACAAGAGUGGUACUGUGCCCGUGUUGACCCCCUGACUCUGAGGGACCUGGACAGAGGGACCGUGCCUAAUUACAGCAGGGCUCAGCAGCUUCUGAAAAUGCUGGAGAAGGGCCAAGUGCAAGGUCGGCAGAGGGGCUACCGGAAUAACCUGAAGAAAUAUGGCCUAGGCCAGCUCCGUCCAGGGAAAUCCAAACAGCAAGGGGGCCAGGCGGAGUGCCUUCAACAGCUGCUGCUGGACCCUUGCCCAGACCCAAAUAAGAACCUAAAGCCCUACAUCCUAGUUCACCCUCUGGUAGUGCCAGGGCCUCGCCCUGUGGUGCUCUCACCUGGCUGUAUAGUGCCCCGGCUCAUCAGGAACCUGCUGGACCUGCCCAACUCACGCCUGGACUUCCAUGUGUGCCCAGCAGAGACCCUUGAUGAAGAGGAGCUGGCCACUCCCUCUCCUCAGGUGGCUAGAGGUGUCCCCCAGGACCAGCGGGAGAAUGGGAAGAUUCACACCAUCCGGGAAGCCAUGAACAAGAAUAAACACUGCCUGCUAGAGCUGGGAGUCCAGAGUGUGAGGGAUCUAAUUAAAAGUGAAAUAUACCCCAUUGUUAUCCAUGUCGAGGUCACUGAGAAGAACAUCAGGGGACUCAGGAGCUUGCUGGGAAAGCCGGGCCAGCGUGACUCUGAGGUGCUGAAGCUGUGCCGUAGUGCUGAGCAGGCUUUCCAUAGCCUGCCUUGCUCCUGGGCCCGGGUGGAUCCCCAGUCCUGGUGCCAUGCUGAGGAGCUGGUGAAAGUGGUGCGGGGCUGCAUCUUCCAGGAGCAGACCAAGGUGGUGUGGGUUGAGGUCGGCGAGCCAUGAUCCAAGACCCAGCCGAGGCAUUGUGACACCUGUGUGACAGGAGGCUCCAGAUGGAGGAGCUGACCACAAGCUACCUGGCCCAUGGUCCGUACCCAGAGGAGGUUGUCUUCCAAGUCUCCAAGCUGCUUCAUGAAUGUCAUUUGCUUCUUCUGUCUGGGAUACAGCACGAUGCCUCGCUGUCAGGAAGGUCCCAGAAGGGACAGGGUAGCCCUUUAUGCCUAUUUCUGCCAGGGAGCUAGCAAGCCUACUUCAGGCUGCUUAGAAACUUGCCAGUAUAGUGGGAAGUAACGCAUACAGACUUCUGUCCCAGAGAAGUUUCUGUGUUUUGUUGCAGGGAUUUAUUUUGCCUUCUCACUGAAGAACCCUUUGGAGUCCAUACCACACUUCUCUGUCAUGGCCUUGCCUUGGCAACAGGGUCUGCCCUGUAGGCCAGUGAUUUGGGCAGCUGGGAGUAGGCACUUAGAGGAAACCUGUGAAGUGGGCUCCGGCAUGCAUCUCCUCCCUUUUAUGCUCUCUUCCUUUUUAUUAGUCUGUUUAUUUGGUUCUUCCCCUGCUGGCCACUGCAUCAGUCUUUCCUUCCCCACAGCUGUCUCUCUGGCUCCCUUCACUACCUCAGAUGCUAUCCUGCUG